GGAGCACCAGGAGGAGCUGGUGGCCACGGCUGAGGAGGUCCCGAAGGUGUUGGCCAUGGCCAAGGAGCCCACAGAGGUGUUGGCCCCGAUGCCCGUGGAGGAGCCAAGGCAGGUCGUGCCCCGUGGGAGCUGCUUGAUCCACAACUGGCAGGAGGAGAGAGCCACCAACCACCUGGACCGCGUGCUGGUGCCGGAGAUGGGCAGCGAGGGCUUUGUCCACCGGCACGGCCACCGCGGGCUGCUGACCCGCCAGCCACCAGACCAGCCGCCCCCCAGCACCACCACCAAGCACGCCUUCCGCCCACCCCACAGUGUCCCCAUGCUGGCAAGAGGGCAGCGGGAGGCCACGCUGGAGCUGAUGCUGUACCAGAAGUACAGGCAGGAGCUGCUAGAGGAGGCCUGCCCACCGCGUGCGCCCAUGGAGCGGCUCUCCACCACGCACCGGGAUUUCCAGGCGGGGGGCUUCCAGCCCACGCCGCUGCCCAGCACCCAGCCCCACAACUACCACACGGAGCAGCCCCGCAGCUUCUGGCUGGAGCAAGCCCGCAGCAUACCUGGCGUCACCUGCAUCCGCACCGGGGACAGCCCCUUUCGGAGGAACGCCGCCUUCUCUACCCCCAUCACCGAGUACCUGCAGCAGCCCCUGCCCCACGUCACCGAAAGCUACGGGGUCUGGCCGAGCAAGUAAUAAAGAGCAGGCGGUGUCCCUGCGCUG